GUAUAAUUUCUUUUCUGAAAAUCAAUUGGCUGCAAUAGCAACAUAAUGCGCAGUUUUUAGAAAGAGUGAGAUCAUGAACGCGAAAUAGCAUAAAUAGUUUGAAAUAAAAGCUGAUACAUGUAACGCAUCGAUUGACAAAAGGACACGUAUCCUUUCCCAUUCCCACUAUAUUUCGUUAUUUAAUAUAUUUUUAUUUGUUUAUUUAUUUAUUCUGUCGUUAGUUACAGCUAAAAAGUCAAAGAGAAUAGACGCACGUAUUCCGCAGAUCAUUUCGCGAUUAAAUAUUUAACUUUAUUAUCAAAAGUAUUUUAAUAAUGAUGAUGUUUCUAAAGUUUAUUUUUUUAUGUUUACUAUUUGUGAAUUUCGUCGACUGCGAUGACAACGAGGAGUCUCCAGAAUCAACGAAUUUGUCAGAUUUUCACAAUGAUACGAAACAACUACUUGAGCUGUGCUUUCCUGAUGAAUUGAACCCUGCGGUUAUAACUGUUAACUUGAUUGACAUUAUGUUCGAAAUUUCAAUAAACGAAGUGGUCAACGCGUCCAUUGUAACGAUCGAUGAUGAUUUCGAGUCAACUGUGAUGAAAUGGCACUAUCCAAAUCAUCCCUCGUACAUUAUAUCAGCAGAGUCUGAUAGAAAACUAAAAGCUCUUCUUCACGAAAUAAAAUCGUCGAUUAUUUGGAACGUCGAGUCAUUGGUUUUCGUUGUUGGUGAAAAUUGUGGAAAGGCAAUGAAAGUACUGAGAAUGGUGUGGGAUAUUGAAGCCCUUGGAUCGUUUUACGUCUGUCGAGAUCAAGUCAACAAAAGUACGCUGGUGUAUACAUUUAACCCCUACACUGAUAGAGCACCGGAGCCCUGGAGUAAAGUUAAGAAGAAAACGAGUGAUAAUCGAUGGACAUUGUAUAGGCAGACAUUUAAAAACGAUUCGGAAUCGUGUCUAAGUUACCAUUUUGACAAAACCAGAAUUCUUGACGGCUUUCCAGUAAAAGGUUAUGCACGUCAUACAUUAAGUGAUGUUUCAUUAAAUGAAUUAAUACCUAAAGCACUCGAUGGGCAAUCCGGAAACCCGUAUUUUGUUUUUGAAAAGAUAUUUUCAAUGAUGAAUGUCACACCGGUGAUGCACUAUUAUAUGUUUCAUGAUGUUCCACAUUCUACCAGAACUAAAAAAUUAUUUAAUAAUGACAAGUACGAUGUAUGGUUGAAAUUACAACCACUCGAUCUACUUUAUUACGAAUAUCUCGAUGUUAUUCCGCUAUACUCAGAAGAAGGCUACAUGAUAGUAACAAACUCGCGUUCUAUUCCAAUCCUUGACCAAAUUGUCGACAGUAUGUUUAGUGACCAAACUCUGAUACUCUCUAUUAUUAUUCUGAGUAGUAUUUUUAUACUUAUUUUAGUCAAUAAUAAGUUCAAUUUUAUCGAAACCGUUUUCGAUAUCUUUUCGUUGGUAUUGAAUAUGGGGAUGACGACAUCCAUAGAACGUUUAUUUAUGCGUAUUACUUUUCUAUCGGCAUCUUUAUUUAUGUUGAUGUUCAAUCCGGCAUUAGAGGGACAACUAAUGGCUUUGCUUGCAAAACCGAGUUAUCGUAGGGUUGAAAAUUUAAAUGAUUUACAUUCACAUAAAUAUAAAGUUUUCUUCGCCGAAAGUAUCCGCGAUUAUAUAGCCGACACACAAAUAUGGUCAAGUGAUGCUGAAAAGGAAUACUUGCAUGAGUACUAUAUAAAUGGUCAUUUUGAUUGCUACUAUUACAUUAUGAGAGAUUAUACAGGUCCGGGACAACCACUAAGUUUGAUAUUUGAUACACUUCCGUUCAUCGCUCUAAUCCCGAUGAAUGAUUCGAUUCCAGUAAAUGUUUCUCAUCUGAUUAAUGAUUCCCGCCCAAUAAAUAUAUCAAGUCCGUUAAAGAGCGCAUCCUUGGAACUUGAAUCAGUUUCGAAAAAUACUUUAGCGGCUUGUAUAUUUGCUUAUAAGGAUCGUGGGGCUGCAUUAAGCGACAAUUUAUACAUAUCAAACGACUUAUUAUUCAAAACGUACAAUGUGUUUAUGAGUCGUAAACGUUGGAGUUUGAAAAACAAAAUUGAUAAAGCAGCAAUGAAUAUUUUUGAAACCGGCCACAUUCAUUACGCCGAACGAUUUGAACGUUAUAAAGAAUUAAAAAGAAAAAAGAAAUUAGCUGCUAGAAUCGAAUCAUAUAAAAGUGGAUUCGAUCAAUUAGAGUUUGAAGAUUUUCGAAUAGUUUAUCUCUUUGGUACAUUGAGCUUAAUGUGGACAGUCACUGUUUUUAUUUUUGAAAUAUUGUUCAAAAAAAUGACGGAAUCAUAUGACAAGCGUUUACAAAAAUUAGAAAUGAAACGAAUUAAAGUACGGCGAAAAUUAGGAUUUAUCAAUAAACAAACUGCUUUUGCUGAAACACGGGUUUAAUUAUUCCUAUUGUUGUAAUAUUGCGUGACUUUGAUGACUGUUCAUUCAUUGAUUUUACUCAGUGUCAUUUAAGUAAUCGACGGAUAUUUAAAAUACUUAUCAAAGACGCGUUAGAAAGGACAAGGUACCUCGCAUAAAUGAAUCAAAGUUUUGAGUUUUAAUCUGACAUUUUGAAUCAAAGUUUUAUAAAGAAUCGGUGAAUCGAUUUUCUAAGGAUUCGAUUUGCAGAACAUCCGAUAUUACCAAAUUACAAACCGUAAAAAUUUGCUUUCGUACAAAAUUAUUUAGUUUUUGAUCAUGAAAUUAAAUAACAAACCAUUCUUGGUUUUUAUUUCAUGAAUUUAUGAAGUAAUGUGUUGCAUUUUAUGCCCUUGCUGUCCUUCACCUGAGUAAUUAAAUAUUGCGUGUUGUGUUGUUUGACUUAUGUAUCUAUUAAUUGAUAUUGUGUGUUGUUAAAAUGAUUGACUUUUUAAUAAGGUAUAAAAAAUUCAAAAAUUUUUAAUCACCCGU